GGCAGCCGGAGCUGAGGAGCCGACGAGCCGACGAGCCGACGAGCGGAGGGGCAGGUGUCCGGCCCCUGUCGUCGCUCCAGUCCCGGAGGCCCUCCCGCGUGAGGCCGGGGCGAUGGCGGCGCGGGGGUCGCGGCCCCGCGCGCUGCACCUGCUGCUGCUGCUGAUGGAGCUGGUGGCCGGGCGCUGGGCGGCGGGGGGCGCCGCGCCGCGAGGAUUAUCUGAACCAUCCUUUGUGGCGAAACAUGAAGACAGUUUGUUUAAGGAUUUAUUUCAAGACUAUGAAAGAUGGGUUCGUCCUGUGGAGCACCUGCAUGACAAAAUAAAGAUCAAGUUUGGCCUCGCAAUAUCCCAGCUCGUGGAUGUGGAUGAGAAAAACCAGUUAAUGACGACAAACGUGUGGUUGAAACAGCAAUGGACAGACGUAAAACUCAGGUGGAACCCCGAGGACUACGGAGGAAUCCAGGUGAUCCGCGUCCCCUCCGACUCCCUCUGGACCCCAGACAUCGUCUUGUUUGAUAACGCAGAUGGACGUUUCGAAGGGGCCAGCACUAAAACAGUCGUCAGAUACAACGGCACGGUCACCUGGACGCCCCCGGCCAACUACAAGAGCUCCUGCACCAUAGACGUCACGUUUUUCCCGUUCGAUCUGCAGAACUGCUCCAUGAAGUUCGGCUCUUGGACCUACGACGGCUCGCAGGUGGACAUCGUCCUGGAGGACCAGGACGUGGACAAGAGGGAUUUUUUCGAUAACGGGGAGUGGGAAAUCGUGAGCGCCACGGGGAGCAAAGGCAACCGAAGCGACAGCUGCUGCUGGUACCCUUCUGUCACCUACUCCUUCGUCAUCAAACGCCUGCCCCUCUUCUACACCCUGUUCCUCAUCAUCCCCUGCAUCGGGCUCUCCUUCCUCACCGUGCUGGUCUUCUACCUGCCCUCCAACGAAGGCGAGAAGAUCAGCCUGUGCACGUCCGUGCUCGUCUCGCUGACGGUCUUCCUGCUGGUCAUCGAGGAGAUCAUACCGUCCUCCUCCAAGGUCAUCCCCCUCAUCGGCGAGUACCUGGUGUUCACCAUGAUUUUCGUGACCCUGUCCAUCAUGGUGACCGUCUUCGCCAUCAACAUCCACCACCGCUCCGCCUCCACGCACGACCCCAUGGCGCCCUGGGCCCGCAGGGUGUUUCUGCACAAGCUGCCCAAGCUGUUGUGUAUGCGCAGCCACGCCGACCGCUACCUCGCACAGGAGGAGGAAGAGGAGGAGGAGGAGGAGGAGGCGGGCAGCGGGCGCAGGCCCCGGGCUCCCAGGAACACGCUGGAGGCCGCGCUGGAGUCUGUCCGUUACAUCGCCAGGCACGUCACCAAGGAGAGCGCCGUCCGUGAGGUGGUGGAAGACUGGAAGUUCAUAGCCCAGGUGCUUGACCGGGUGUUCCUGUGGAUGUUCCUGCUGGUCUCAGUUGUGGGUUCUCUUGGACUUUUUGUUCCUGUUAUUUAUAAGUGGGCCAAUAUAAUAAUACCAGUUCAUAUUGGAAACGCAAAUAAGUGAAAUUGCUGAGGAGUGCUAGGUUGAAUUUGGUUAUCAAACAUAGAUCUUUUGGCACCAGUAGAACUAUGAAAAGUGGAAACUGUUUAAAAUUUUUAAAAAUUAUUUUGAGGGGCCAGUGCUGUGGUGUAGCGGGUGCAGGGCCAGCAUCCCAUAUGGGUGCUGGUUUGAGUCCCGGCUGCUCCACUUCCCAUCCAGCUCCCUGCUAAUGUGCCUGGGAAAACCUAAGUGUUUGGGUCCCUGCACCCAUGUGGGAGUCUCAGAGGAAGCUCCUGGCUCCUGGCUUUGGUUGGAACAGCCCAGCUCCAGCUGUUGCAGCCUUCUGGGGAGUGAACCAGUGGAUGGAAGACCUCUCUCUGUCUCUGCCUCUCUCUGUAACUCUUUCAAAUAAAAUAAACCUUUAAAAAAUCAUUUUGAGAGGAAGAGGUAGAGAGAAAGCUCUCAUUCACUGAUUUAUUCCCCAAAUGCCCAUAACAGUUUGCAAGACCAGAACAGGAGGCAGGAACUCAGUCCAGGGUGGCAGAAACCCAACCACUUAGAGCCACCACCUGCUGUCUCCCAGGGUUGCAUUAGCAGUAAAGUGGCCUUGGGAGUGGGGCUGGGAUUUGAACCCAGGCACCCCAACAGGGCAUGUGGGUCUCCUAAGUGGUACCUUAACCACCAGGCCAAACACCUGCCCCCGUGAUUAAAAGCGGAUGCCAGCUUUUAAGUAGACUUGCUAGCAUCAGCGAAUCCCGGAUGCUCCCUCAGCACACGGCCUGCACGGCUGGAGUAGUACCUGGCCCAGCCCCACUGGACCUGCCACAUCCUCCCUCUCUGAGCCGUGCCGGUGGAGGCCCACGUCUGUAUCCUGGCCGACAAUCCUAACUUUAAUCAGCAGCGAAGUCUGUGUUGAUUGUGCUGAAAGGCGCCAGCUGUACUUGGAGUCAUUUUAAAAGCUCUGCCUGCACGUGGUACAAGUACACAUUCUGAAAUUCUGUCCUGGACUCCCUCACAGCUAAUCUUUAGCAUAAGAUUCCGCUGCUAUGCUAAGUAAGCUGGCUACAUGAUAGAAAAGCAGUAUCCCAGUAACUCAUUUUUCUAUCACCAACAUGAGAACUGGGCACUCCUUUUAGGCUCACUUUUAGAUGCUUAAGCUGAAUGUACUGUUGUAUUAACAUUUAAAAAAGUGUAAUGUACUUACCUUCAAUUUAUUUGAAAGCGAGAGAGGCAGACAUCUACUGUUUGAUCCCCCAAACACCUGCAACAGCUAAGGCUGGGCUAAAUCCUGAAACUCAGUCUGGGUCUCCCACGUGGCUGGCAGGAAACCAGCGCCGGGAGCCAUCGCCUGCUGCCUCCCAGCGUGCACGUGAGCAGGAAGCUGGACCCGAAAAGGAGGAGCCAGGACUCGAAGCAGGCACUGUGGGAGGUGGGUGCAUCGGGUGAUGACUGAGCUCCGUCCCAGACGCCUGCCCCCGAGUUGUCACCUACCUUGCCCUGUACCGGCCGGUCCUGUGCACGUGCAGCCGGUUCGAGCCCUGGCUGCUCUGCUUGCGGUCCAGCUCCCUGCUAACGUGCCUGGGAAGGCAGCAGCAGAGGACGGCCCAGGUGCUUGGGCCGCUGCACCCACGUGGGAGACCCGGAUGGAGCUCCGGGUCCUGGCUUCAGGCCAGCCCAGCCCUGGUCUGGGGAGUGAACCAGCAGAUGGAAGAUCCAUUCUCUCUCUUCUUGAAUUCUUUAAAAUAAAUUUUAAAAUCUUGGAAAACAAAUUUCAUCUCUAAGUCUUUAAUGCAGCUAUAACCAGGAAGGACACGCCAUUGGAAACCUUUGACUGGGACCUCGUAGCUCCUGAGAACAGCUGUAAGCCAUCCAAAUUCAGACGGCAGAGGGCACCUGUCUAACUUCCGGGCUACUUAGAGUUUAAUGCCACUUUACGAAUGAAAGUGUGGCUGGAUGAAUUUAACCUGCCUUUAGCUGUCUUAGCCGGUAUACGCCCCCUUACUGUGGCCGAGGCUUUUGUACAUAAAGAAAUGACAUGGAACAAAGCUGCCUUCAACUGUUUGAAACGGGAGUCGCAGUGGGUUGCAAAACUGUACGUUUUUAUUUUUGCACAGGAGAAACACUGCCUGGUGAGAGGGUGGUCGGCUCCGUGGGGGGCUGGGGUUGCAGGUGUGGCGCCCAAUGCGCUUUCCUGAGACCCCCAUCUACGGAGGGGACAGGGAACUGCGGACAUGUGUGUGUGUGGUCACAGGAGGCGGUGAGUGGCGUCCUGCCAUCGGCGGGCAGAUCUGGGGUGCUGCCGAAGGUGCCACAGUGCCCAGGACAUCCCCCCUGCACCCCAACACUUACCCAGCCCAAGGGGUCAACAGCACUGAGGCCGGGAAACCCAGUCCUACAGGUUCAUGCUGUGGCCUGUGUGUUG